AUGGCUGAUGAUCUUCAUGAUGUUGCCCGAUACCUCAACGAUAUGCGAAUGUGCUUUAUUGCCCUUACUAUUACUUGUUAUUUGGUUUUAUUCAUCUAUGGUGCAAUUUUUUGUGUGAAACGAAAUCGAAGGCGUCCAGCAGGUUUAAGUAAUAACGGCGCUGUAAGAAGAGGACGUUGGGAUUAUCAAAUUGAAAAUCGCGACCAUCAAACGCACGUGCAAAACGAUGACCUUGUUUCAGUGAGGAGUGACGGGCAGGGAAACGUGCCAAGUUACAUGGGAAGAAAUCUCCGAAAUCAACCCACAUUUAUGCGCCACGGAAUGAAUCAUUCACAACAAACUACAAGGUUAAUGGCUGACCACGAUGGCGGUGUGAUAAAACAACAAAUACCACAAAUCAAAAUGGAUCCACCAAGCGUUGAUAAUAGUUCACCGUCACCACCGAAAGUGUCAGAACUUAUUAAAGGUUCAGUUGAUAUAUGA